GGUAAAUAAAUGUUGUUGAUGCCUCUGUCAUUCUUUUCUCUUGAAAAAGCUCCAGCACUAAAGGAAAUAUGGACUUGUCUGUUUGUUUUGUGCUGUUUUCAUCAUUUCUCAUGCAUGGAGUGUCUAAAGAGAUGCCCCCUGCUUCUCUGGAGGUCUGGCCUGACAGCAGACAGCACUUCAGGGGUGAUCAGCUCUCCCUUCACUGCUCAGUAAAUGAUGGUAAUUCAACAGGCUGGAUGCUGAAGAGGCUUCAAGGAACUGAAGUAAAGUCUGGCUGUUUGCAGUUAAAUGGCACAGCAUCUAUAGACAGGCCUAUAGAAUGUCAUUUUAUUGACAUCAACAGCAAGAACAGUGGGAUGUACUGGUGUGAGGGUCCUGCUGAAGACAAGCGAAGCAAGACCAUCAAUAUCACUGUGAGCUAUGGUGAGGUGAUUCUCUUCAGCCCAGUUCACCCAGUAAUGAAAGGAGGAACAGCAACUCUACAAUGCAAGUCCUUGUUGUAUAAAGUUAGCCAGACUGUAUUCUACAAAAAUGGUGUAAAUUUCCUGUCACUGAAUGGCACUGAAAUGACUAUUGAGAAUGUCACCAAAGCAGAUGAGGGGUUUUACAAAUGUGCUUUCGCCAAUUCGAGUUUGGAGAGUUCAGAGAUCUGGCUUUCAGUAAGAGAGAACUCCACAGUUGAUUCACAAGAUGAAAAGCCAUCUACAGGAUCCUUGGUCUGGGUGUCAGGGAUCUGUAUCAUCUUCAUUAUUCUGGUGCUUCUUCCUGUGCUCUGGCUGCUAUUUCCAGGUCUCAGGGAGAAAUUUAAUGUCUGCCCAAAUGGGACAUCUAGAGUGGAAAGGUUCCAACAGGAAAUGCCUAAAACCAAGCAGGAUGCGACUGAAAUCCAGUGGGAUCUUCCCUGGAUGGAGAUGGCCAAUCUGCUAGACAAGCAACAACAUCCUUGCAGCUGAGCACUCUUCUGAAAUUUUAGAUGUUAUCAGAUACAAUUCAUGACAAAUUCCUGGAGUCAGAAAACAGCCAUUACAUAAAGCGUGUCACUGAUGAUAUGACUGGUAAAUUACAUAACUGUUUGGCAUUCAUGGCAUAUUAGAGUGAUUUGACAUCUUCAUCUUAAUUACUGAAAGAUAUAUGCUAUUACAAGCUUUAGGAAAGAGAUAAUUUUGAACAUUGACUAUACCUUAAACUUGAACCAACCUCUCAUUUUGAAUAGACCACCUGAAUUGCCUAUAUUUGGAGCUGUUUGUCAGUUUAAUUUAGUCAUUAAUACUUAACUUACCUAAAACCCAGAUAAUGUAGAUGUUAUCAAUUGAAGUAGGUCACCUUUCAAUUUGUUUUUACAGUGUUUCCUAUCUCUUGUUUAUCAUGUUAUCAUGCACUCAAUGACAAAAAUUUGUCCUUACUGAAAGUUCUUGUGAAAAUGUUUUUGAGUGCAAACCUUGAACUAUUUAUAAUGUAAGUGAUGUGUA